GCGCGCGAGGGCGGCCGGCCGCGGCGCAAGGGACCCCCGAGGAGGGAGAUCUGGGCGGUGGGCGCCAGCGGCAAGAAGUACCAGGCGCUGACGGCCACGGAGCAGACGGCGCUGGCGCCCGGCGAGCGGCCGCGGCGCUUCGGCGUCUACCUGGACUACGAGCGCGGGCAGCUGGGCUUCUACAACGCCGAGAGCAUGAGCCACAUCCACACCUUCCACAUCCGCUGCCGCGAGCGCGUCUUCCCCUUCUUCCGCGUGCUGGCCAGGGGCACGCGCAUCAAGAUCUGCACCUGACCGGGAAAGGGGGGGAACGGCCCGGGAAAGGGGUGUGGGGCACCGAAAUGGGGUGUUGGGCCUCGAAAAGGGGGCGUGGGACCUCGAAAUG